AUGGAGUGUGAGGCGUUUUACGUCUUCUGGGCUGAAAUAGGGAGACGGAUGAAUAUGCGAGAUAUCCCCCAGUCUCGCGAAGAAAUGAUAGAAUGGAGUCGGGACUACGAGGUGAAGAAUAUGAUUCCAGCUGAGACUAAUAAAGAGGUCGCAGAGUAUACCAUGGCGGAGCUUCUCUCCGCUGUUCCGACACGUUUCGGCCUCCGGAGUUUCGCUGUCACAAGGGUGGCGCUUUGUUUGCUUGAAGAUAGGGUGAGGGUUGGGAUGAUGCAACCUGCUCAGCCAUGGUUCUUCCACGCAUUAACGCAUGGCGUCAUGGCGAUGAACUGGACUGCACAACGCUGGUUCCUCCUUCCCAGGAUAUACCCCUCUUUUCCAGUUAAGAUUGAUCUACCCAAGGCAACCGGGGAGAGGUGUCCAAAGCUGCAUCCAAACAAAUGGCAAUAUCGUCCGUGGUACAGACCCGAGAGCACCGGUUUGGGCUACCUUCAAAAUAAGUUUCUGGUGGCCAUUGGGUGGUAUAGCGAGAUGCCAGGACCUCACUUGAAGAGCUCAGGCUAUCGUUUGGAGGAAAUGGGCCCUUUCAAAUUUGAAAAUUCUGCGCAUGAGGAAGUUAUGCAGAAGGCUGCUGAGCUUCAGGGUUGCCCCGUCGCUGGGCCAUGGUCGUUGGAAGGACGUUGUGGUGAGGAGCCUUCCCCUUGAGCAUCAGCGACAUUGUGGUUAUUCUGAUUUCAUGUGAACGGCAGUGGAUUAAAUUCGUAGUUCUUAGCAUUUACAGACGUUACUUCGAGAUCUAAUUGGAAUAAAUAAUGUUUGGUUGCAUCCUUGAGACUGCCG